CCACGCCUGGUUUGGUGUAGUGGGCAGUGGUAGCAGCAGUGGUAGCAGGGCCCUCCCUCUGUCUCUGCAGAUAAAUACUCGCAGCCUCUCCAUUCCCAGGCAUGGAAGACGGUUGCUCUCAAACAUGGCUCUGCGACACUACACCCUCGACUUCAAGCUCUCUACUGCAGUUGACUCUGCAUCGACAGUUCCUGGUCUACUGUCCAUAUUUCAUGAGCAGGAAAUGACAGAGACUGUCCAUGAAACAAAUGGGCAUGGAUACCUUGGUACUUUUGUAGGCAAGAAUGGCCGGCUUGCUGUUCUGCGUGUGCACUCCCGUGGGUUGGUCACUGUUGAUCUGCAGUGUUAUGAAGAGGACAACAUUGCACAAGUAGACAAUCUUUUAAAUGCACUGGAAACAAAGCUAAAGGAAACCCUAAAAGACAAUAUUACAAGGAUUAAGAGGCUUCCAGCCCUCCUACGAGGAGCAGAGGUUGACAGAUACUGGCCCACGACUGAUGGCAGACUGGUUGAGUACGACAUGGACCAGAUGGUGUACGAAGAAGAUUCUCCAUACCAAAACAUUAAGAUUUUGCACUCAAACCAGUAUGGAAAUGUCCUAAUACUGGACGAUGACUUAAACCUGGCAGAGAGUGAUUUGGCCUACACCAAAGCCAUCAUGGGCAGCGGAAGAGAGAAUUUUGCUGGAAAAGAGGUGCUGAUUUUGGGAGGAGGCGACGGAGGCAUCCUGUCUGAGAUGGUCAAACAAAAGCCAAAGAUGAUCACCAUGUUGGAUAUUGACCAGAAGGUGAUAGACGCGUGCAAAAAGCACAUGAGGAAAACUUGCGGCCAUGUCCUCGACAACCUGAAGGGAGACUGUUACCAAGUUCUAGUUGAGGACUGUGUCCCUGUGCUGAAGAAGUAUGUCUCAGACGGAAAGACAUUUGAUUACGUAAUCAAUGACCUGACUGCAAUCCCAAUUUCCACAGAGCCAGAAGAAGAUUCAACAUGGGAGUUCCUGCGUCUCAUCUUGGAUCUGUCGAUGAAAGUCCUGCAUCCCUCGGGGAAAUAUCUUACACAGGGUAACGCCGAGAACAUGACAGAGGCUCUGUGUCUGUACGAGGAGCAGCUGAGGAAGCUCUCGUGUCCUGUGAAGUUCUCCAAAGAGGUGGUGUGCGUGCCCUCCUACUUGGAGCAAUGGGUUUUCUACAACAUCUGGAAGGUGUAAAGAAGAUGCUGUCUGCUUGAAUCCCCAGCAGCUGGAAUGUGAAUGCUCGUCCCAUUUCUGCUGUAGCCUUAAAGGUCUGUUCAGACUGAACGUGACAAACAUUAGAGGCAAUACAAAGUUUGGAUAAAUGUAUUAUUUGGGCUUCAAAACAAAAAAAAAAAAAAGGGUCUGGAGAAAUAUAAUGAAGAAAAAUAAUUGGAGUUCUACACACUGGUUGCAGUCUGUACCUAUUGUUAAUGAGCUCCAGCUGACUGACAACAGCUAACAUCUGUUCAGCAAUUGGCUGUUUUUGGUUAAUAAGCAUGGAUUGCAAAAACACUCCCAACAGUGAAGUUAUUGUGAAUAAGUCAAGAUGAAAAUUGAAUUUACAUUCAGUCUGAGCACAUCUGAAGGGGUACAAUGGCGGUUUUAUUAUCCCCGCUCCAUUAACCCCAUUUGACCCUAAUCUUCCUUCUCUUUGUUCCUGUUUUAGUUGUGUUCUACCAUUGUUUACUACAACUUAUCAGUUGUAUUUUGUUCAUGUUACUUGAUUUGUAAUGUCCAUUUGCAUGUACUCUGAAGGAACCGUUAGCUGUUUAAACAGUGAUUUGAUACACUGAUAAUGUGGUGUAACUCAUCUUUUCAUCAACAGGCGUGUGUUCUCUUGUUUUCCUUAGAUUUUCUAAGGUUCUUUACUUUUGAGUGAUGAGCUCCUGUCGUGUGAUAGGCCAAGAUGUAGGGUCAGCCCGUCUGAACUGAGUUGCUUGUAAGCUCUGUAUUUGUUACUGCCUUUCAAAUGUGAUUGAUUCUUUCAGGUUGUAUCAAGGCAAUGUGAUCAUGCCCAGUGAGACUGAAGUUUUUAAGUCCAAAUGUGUUUUAAAAGGGAAACGAUUCCACCACUUUAAUGCCACCUCUGUGCUUGUGCUGUUUUUAUGUCAUGUUUUAUUAGCACCUUUUGGUUUCUCCAAUAUAUUUAAAGUUUUUUAAGACUGUAUUAGGUGCAUGUAAAGGACAGUGAAUGUAGCUUGCAUAUACAGUACACAGCACGUUUACACGUGAUCAACCCUGUGGGACUCAGUUACAUUUAUUUAUUCUAUAAUUUCACCAAAUGCUGUUCUGUCCCACUUGAGAUACUUUCUGUGAACUCUACAAUAAAAAAUGUUUUUGGGGGAAAAUA